CCAGUGGGGUCACUUGGGUCAGUGUGAGGGUAAGAACAAUCACCUGAAUGGCGCCUCUCCGCGUUGAAGGGAGUGUGAGUAAUAAGGCGCAGGUAUAGACUUCCGUCCUUUGCGAAAUACCCAGUUUAGUGCGCGAACUCCAGUAUCAUCAUGGCGGCGGCGCUUCUUCGACCCAUGACCUUUGUCACCGGAAACGCGAAGAAGCUGGAGGAAGUACGGGCCAUCCUCGGCGCCUCCAUCCCUUUUCAAUCUCUCAAACUCGAUCUUCCAGAGCUACAAGGAGAACCAGAAGAGAUCUCCAAGGAGAAAGCUAGAAUUGCCGCUAAAGAGGUUAAUGGACCUGUGCUAGUGGAGGAUACUUGUCUCUGCUUCAAUGCACUGAAGGGACUUCCAGGGCCUUACAUGUAAGUUUAUAUCUGGAACCUGCUCUUGAGCAAGUGGUUUUUGCAAAAGAUUGGACAUCAAGGUCUCAACAAUUUGAUUAUGGCGUACGAAGAUAAAUCAGCAUAUGCUAUGUGUAUAUUUUCUCUUGCUCUUGGACCAAAUGUGGAACCAAUUACAUUUGUUGGCAAAACUUUAGGAAAGAUUGUUCCAGCGAGGGGACCGAAUGAUUUUGGAUGGGAUCCUAUCUUUCAGCCGGAUGGCUAUGAGCAGACUUAUGCUGAGAUGCCAAAGGAAGAAAAGAACAAGAUUUCUCAUCGUUCAAAGGCUCUUGCACUAGUGAAGUCGCACUUUGCUGAAACCCGAUAUGCCUUCCCGAAUGAGACGGCUAACCUGACUUGAUUUUCGCCCAAACUUCCUGUAAGUUCAACUUCUUCUUACAUGUUUCUUUUUCUUCUAAAGGAAAAUGCAACCCCAAUUUCUGAAUUUUUUUUAUUUGUGUGCCCGGAGAAAUAUUUUAGCGAGACGGAUGGAGUAUAAUUUAUGAAAAAGUUAGGCCAAACUUGAUGACUUUUGACUCUUAAAAAAACUAAAGGUGUAGUUCUCUGAGAAACAGAUCUAUCC